UCGAGAAACUUCUUCAUCGAGGAUACGGUUUUGAUCAGUUCAGGCGUUCUUUUUCUCGUCACAUGCUGAUGUUCAGAGAAGAAGGGUAUCCAGAGUUGGCCGAUUCCUUCACUGUCGAUUUCACUGUUCUGGAGUCAGAGAUCCGAGAGUUGAAGGAGUUGAAGGCUGGUGGAGCUUCUUCCUUCGUGUCUUCUCAGAUGGAGCAUAGGCUGACACAGUGGCACGACCUGAGAUCUUCCAUCGGCAGCGAGCUUCGAUCUCAUGAGCAUUCUGUUGCGCAGCUGAUGGCUACCGUGGCGAGGAAGGAUACAGGUAGAGCCGAGUUACUCAGCUCUUUGGAUUCCGGCCGUGAGGAAGUGGCUAGAUUGAAGGAGGCCUUGAGGCACGCCGAGGAGUCCGUUACUCUUAUUGCAGAAGACCUGGCUGGAUUAGAGCGUUCUCGUGAACAGACGCUCGAGAAGCUGGGAUCUACACAGGAGAGAUUGAUGAAGCUGAAGAAAGAAGCCGCGGAGAUCUUAAGCAGUUCCGAAGACUCUGUCCGAGCUAGUCUGCAGGCAGAACUUGAGUAGAGCUAUGCAGACAGGCUUUCUAGUUUAGAGUCCCAUGUUCUUAGCCGUCAGUUGCCUUCGGGCUAACGAGCUUUUUAUUAUAUGCUUUUGACUUGAUCUA